UAGAAUGUGAGAGAAAAAAAAGAAAAUUACAAAAAAAAAUUCAAGAACGUAAAAUAACCACACCGAAACACCACGGCGGCGUUGGGACAUACAUAUGGAGACCGCGACGGAGGAGGCUGCGGCCGUGGCGGUGACGCCGUGCUUGAACACCGACGUCAUCGCGAAAGGCAAGCGAACCAAGCGACAACGACCUAACUCCCCCUUUUCCUUCACCAUCACGCCGCCACGCGCCGCCUCGGAGGAGAGCACCACGACGGAGGAAGCCGACACCGCGAGGUGCCUCAUCCUCCUCUCCCAGGGCCACUUCAUCCCCAUCGCCAAAAGCCGCCGCGACGCCGCCGCCAUGUACACAUGCAAGACGUGCAACCGCUCCUUCCAGUCGUUCCAGGCCCUCGGCGGCCACCGCGCCAGCCACAAGAAGCCCAAGAACGAGAAGCGGUACGCCAUCUUCUCCGACGAGGAGGAUUUCAACAAAUUCUCUCCCACCUCUCUCUCUCUUCAGCUCAGCAGCGUCUCCACCACCGCCACCGCCGCCGCGAUGAAGUCGCCGAGAGUCCACGAGUGCUCCUAUUGCGGGGCCGAGUUCGCCUCCGGGCAGGCCCUCGGCGGCCACAUGAGGAAGCACCGCGGCGGCGCCGCCCCACCGGUCCCGACGAACAUUCGAGAAGCGAUAGUUUAUGAUGAGGCGGAGGCGGAGACGGAGGCGGAGGAGAGGAAGAAGGGCGGAAACUGGCUGUCGUUGGAUCUCAAUCUUCCGGCGCCGGAUGAUGAGAGAAGCCCUAACCGGAUGGCUCAGCCAUUACCACUUAACCGCUGAUUUGAUACGCAACUCAGUUGGCAGGACGUUUCUCCUCCAAUAUUAAUUUCGGAAGGUUGAAUUAUUCUUUUUUUAUACUAUACAAUAUUGACCUUCCACAAUUGGGCAUUUUUGACUCACCAUUGUAUGUACUAUAAAAUUUCCUUUUUUAAGGAAAAUAUUUUCUGUAGUGUUUUUUCUAAGUAGUAGCUCACGACAUUCUUUGAAUUAUGUAAAUAGUUUUUUUACUUUGUUUUGGCAGUUUUUAGCCCUGCUCCUAAUCAUAAUAUUUUAGGAGUAAGUUAGGAGAGUAUAUAUGGGAUUGAAUUCAAUCUUCUCUAUUUUUUUUAUAUAUGUACAUAUGGUAUUCAAACCUCGCUCUAUAGUA